GCAAAGACCUAGGGGAGCUGUAGUCUGGUUCCCAGUCUCAGAGAGCUGAGCGGGUCUUUAAUUAGGGCCUGGGGGUCGUGGGCCAGUUACCGGAGCGGAGGGCUUACAUCCGAAUUAAGCUUUGUGGGCGCUUCAGAGUUUGGCCCUUUGACGCCAGCCUCCACAACAAGUUUUGAACCUGGAGAACGCAGAAUUUGGAGCGAGUGGUCUACUGGCUCCGCCCCUUCCUCAGUUUCUCCCUCGACGGCCGGCGUGCCGUCCGGGCACCGAACCCUCUGAGGACAGCGCCUGCCUCUGGCUUGUUCGUCGCAGAGUCUCCAGCACCUAGGACAGGGCCUGGCGCGAAGUAGGUGCGCAGCGAAUAGAGACUGCGGGAGAGAACGGACGCUUGCGGGCGGUUGUCCUUUGGAAAGCAGCGCUAAGUGGCUGAGAACCCGUGGUUUCUCUGUUGGGGAAGGGCUUGGCGUACCCGCCUGAUGUUAAGGUGGGGAACGCCAAGCUCAACUCUUCACCCAGCCUAGCCUACACCACAGUACACGGCGCUCCGCCCCUUCCGGCCCGGCGAAACCGGAAGUAGAGGCGAAGGUUUCCCAUGAGGCUUCGCGGGGCGCCUAUUCAAACUGCUCCGAGAGGAGGAAGGAGGUCGUGAUGGCGGCCCCGGAGCCGGAAGUGCAGUCCCCGGUCGCAGUCUCUGGUUUGGAGUGGUGUGAGAAGUCGGAGGAAACCCACGACCCCCAGAUAGAACUACUUGAGACUACUUCUGCCCAAGAACCUCCCAACCCUUCGGAGCCCCUUCGUCCCAGAGACUGCAUGGUGCCAGUGGUGUUUCCUGGGCCUGUGAGCCAGGAAGGCUGCUGUCGGUUUACUUGUGAACUUCUAAAGCAUAUCAUGUACCAACGCCAGCAACUCCCUCUGCCCUAUGAACAGCUUAAGCACUUCUACCGAAAACCUUCUCCCCAGGCAGAGGACAUGGUGAAGAAGAAGCCUCGGGCCACUGCUGAGGCAAGCAACAGGAAAUGCCAACAAACCCUGGUGGAACUGGAGAGUGUCCUCAGCCACUUGGAGGGUCUCUUUGCCCGGACGCUAGUACCACGCGUGCUGAUCCUCCUGGGGGGCAAUGCCCUCAGUCCCAAGGAGUUCUAUGAGCUUGACUUGUCCCGCUUGGCCCCGAACAGCAUGGACCCAAGCCUGAGCACAGCAGCCUGUUUGCGCCGCCUCUUCCGGGCCAUUUUCAUGGCUGACGCCUUUAGUGAGCUGCAGGUUCCUCCACUUAUGGGCACUAUUGUCAUGGCCCAGGGUCACCGUGACUGUGGAGAAGAUUGGUUCCGACCCAAGCUCAACUACAGAGUGCCCAGCCGGGGCCACAAACUGACUGUGACCCUGUCCUGUGGCCAACCUGCCAUCCCAACCACAGCCUGGGAGGAUUAUAUUUGGUUCCAGGCACCAGUGACAUUGAAGGGCUUCCACGAGUGAAAGGGAACGCUUCUUAAUUGUCAACACAGUGGCUAAAUUAUCUUUUCCCCACAGCACCAAGUCAGCCCAUCCCUUGCUUGAAGCUGGUUCCUUCCUGGUGAGAGGAGGGUUCUAUCCUGGCUGCCUGCUUCCCUUCCUCAGACUUCCUGGUGGGCUCAUGGUCUGCCUGGGGCAGUGAUGAUCAUCACUGAACAUGCAUCUCUUUGAAUCAAAGGCUGAUCUCCCCAGAGGGUGCUGUGGGUCAGGGGUUUCUUUUUGGGGUUGGAAAGCAAAACAUGUGCACACAGACAGACACCCUUGUGGAGGAGACACUCUUUUGCUUUUUGCCGUGGCUUUUUGGAAUCUUUAACAGAGACAUAAUGUGAAUGUGACUCAUGAACUUAAAUCUAAAAUGAAUGGAUUCCUAUUCAAUUUUCCUUGAAGACUCUUUUGGCCUAAAGAGCCUUUUUCAGGCUUAAGGCUAGAGUGUUUUGUCUUUCCCCUUGGCCUCAUAUGCUCUGGGCUUCCAGAAUUUUUUUUUUUUUACUAUUGGUUAUUUCUCUUCAUCAGCCCCAGCCUAAUCUGGGAAGUUAAGGGAUGUGGCCAAGGUUCUGUAACACUUUGCUAUGAGAGCUAACUCCUAGCCUGAUGGUCCUUCCUUGCCACAUACUGGUUUUUGUGAUCCUUAGAGCUUGUGUGCCUAAAGCAGAGGUCACACCGGGGAAGGAGGCUGAGAAAAGAAAACCGAGCUGGUGUUUGCAAAGCCUGAUUGAACCAUGGGCCGAGAUGCCAGGACUGCUCUGUAGGAUCACCUCCCUGAGGCCAGAUGUCCUUUCUGGAAUUCUGCCCAGCCUGUCUCCAUUGCACUUGUGUGGUGGCUGUGGGUAGUUACUGUUGGCAAUAUUGUCCUUAGGCAGAUCCCGCCUCCUGCCUGUGGCUGUUCCUCCUCAGCUGCAUCUCUGGCUUGCCCGUCCUGAUCCUUGCUGUUGUCCUCCUGGGCUUAAUGCUCUCCUCACCACUCAUUAUUGAUGCUCUUUGUCCCUGAGAACACCUGCUAAUUUCUUGGAAGCAAGUUGAAGACAGAACCCUCACUCUGCUGGUAUUGGAGAUUGGUGUGUGUGUGUGUGUGUGUGUGUGUGUGUGUGUGUGUAAAUGGGGACAAUAUAUACUAUUUUUUAUGUUUUAAGAAUGUUUUUAUGUUUCAAGAAAACAUAAAAAAAUAGUUCAUAUUUUAUCAUAGAUUUUAAGCACUUUACAUGCAUUAUCUGAUAACCUUGCAAAGUUGGUGUUCUUGUCCUCAUUUUAUAGAUGAGGCUUGGGGAGAUUAAAUAACUUGCAUUAAGUGUUAAAACCUGAAUUCAGACCCUGUCUAGCUGGUUCCAGAGGCUGAGUGCUUUACACUGUGCUGUAUGUCCUGUGUGAUAUGACUCUGAAAUUAUUAAAACAGGGUUUGCCCUGUUGAAGGUAGCAGCAUUGCAAAGCUGCAGGAAUUCCCUCUCUGGCUUCAGAUUGUGUUUCCCAACAUGGAACCUGCUAUUUAUUGGUGCUAAGUAAAUAUGGAAUCAAUGCAGACAAAA